AUGCUAUUGACAUCUUUAGAUAAAUAUAAGCUUUUUGCUUAUUCUUCAUGGAAUCUUGCUACUGAUUUUGAUAAUUUUGAGUUUGUUUCAGAGAUGUCUUGUUCUGAAUUUGCUUCAGAUACAUUUCAGA